AUGACAACUCUUGAUGUUGAUAUUCUCCACCCAUCCGUAGAGCAGGAGCUCCAUACCAACAAGAAGAAGACACUUGUUCCAAACCCACGUUCCGAGUUCCUUUCCCUUCGCUGCCCAUCCUGCACAGGUCUUACAACAGCAUUCUCACACUCCAACGUCCCAGUUUUCUGCAAGAACUGCCAGACACCACUUGCUACACCAACAGGUGGCCGUAUCCUUCUUGCUGAUCAAGUCGAGAUCCGCCCAAGAGUUAAUGCAUAA